GUCACCAAUGAAACCGAGUUGAUUUGAUAAAACUGGACCGCCCCAUUUUCGCAGUAUCAGCCAUCGAGAUAUCUUUCGAUCUGUUGAUCUCUCACCAGCCAACCUUGGAAGGGUCCAUGCGGUCCGACUCCCGAUCUCCCUCCACUACUCAGCCACAUCGACACCUUGAAACCUCAACAAACGGCGUGAAGAUGAAGAGAGGGGAAUAUGCCAGAAUCAGGACAGGUCUUGCAGUCUCGAGUGGUGCGAAGGAGGAAUCCACGACCUAUCAAUUCCUGCGUCGAAUGUCGCACACGUAAAUCACGCUGCUCGAAGACGCACCCUUGCCAGAAUUGCACCGCCUUCGGCCGGGAAUGCAUCUUCAUCACUGUUCCUGAGAGCGCCGCGCGGAAGAAAGACCGAGAGCAAAGGGAACGCGCAGCUUCAAAGAGUGGUUCUGGAAUUACUGCACCGGACUGGACGCGGAAUAUUCCAGUUCGGACGCAGAGUACAUCCAGUCUGCCGGACAAGUACGAGAACUCGAACUCGACUUCUGCCAACACGCACACGCCGGGAACUCCGCCCAGGGAUUACGAGUGGGAGGCCUACCAGCAGGAUGUCGAGGUUGAUGAUGGAGACGCAUGGGAAAGAUUGCCUGCUGAGCCUGAAGAGACGCAAGACGAUGUGUAUGAAGAUGAGAAUGACGACGAGGAUCAGAUUGCGACCGAUCUUACCAUUCGCAUUGGGAGGAUGAUUAUAUGCGAAAACGUGACUGGAUUCUUUCGCCCUCAGUAUGCCGAAGAGUUGGGCAAGCUCCUGUCGGAGAGUCAUGCUUCGUCGUCAGUAGUAGCAGGUCAGAGGGCACCGCAGUCUUCUGCGCUUCUGUCGGCAGAGCAGAUGCCUUCAUUGGCGCCUUCACUCAACCUGCUUCUAGGUGGCUCGAUUUCUGUUCAUCAGAACUGCGACAUUGAGCCGCCUCAGCUUCCGACGAAAAUGGAAGUAGAGGCGCUCUUUCAUCGAUAUCUUGAAGCUGUCAGCCCUCUUGCACACGUGUUGCAUAUCCCGUCUUUCAAACGGCUGUUUGAUCGGUUCUGGAUGAACAUUGACAUCGGGAACACUAACCAGAACUCCUGCACUGCGUUGAUCUUAGCAGUGUGUAUGGCGGCUGCUGCAUCGGUAUCACCUUUGCAGGCAAAAUCGCAGUUCGGCAUCACCAAGGAAGAUUUGUUUUUGAGACUGCAAAAAGCCACCGAACGAGCGCUGCUCCGUGCCAACUGGGCAAAGACUUCGAACAUCAGAACUCUUCAGGCCUUGACCAUCUACCUGAUACCGCUUUGCAGAGCCCAAAUUUCCCGAGCAACGUCCGUUGUGGUCGGCGCUCUUGUCCGUCUAGCACAAUGCAUCGGCAUCCACCGUCUUAGUUAUAGUUCCGCAAACAGCCUGACCCCUCUCCAACGCCAUGUCCGCUCUCUCCUUUGGUACCAAAUCUGCUUCCUCGACUUCAAAACAGCAGAAGCACAAGGCCCCCACCCCUCUAUCCGAUCCGACGACUUCGACAUCGCGCUCCCCCUCAACGUUGACGACGAUGCCUUCGAAUUCGGCAGUCCGAAGUGGCAGCAAAACCCAACAUCCUCGCACACCUGGACCGAUGUGACACUCUCUCUCAUCCGCUACGAAUGCAACGAAAUCCACCGCCUCAUCUUCCGAGGCAGAAUAGAAAUGGACCGUAAACACAUCACACUCCACGACCUGCGCGCCCGCGUCGAGGCGCGAAAACGCCAAAUCCAAAUAAAAUACCUGCACCACCUCGACGCCUCAUCCCCGCUGCAGCGCUACGCCGGCCUCGUCGCCACUCUGCUCAUGGCCCGCUGCGACUCAAUGCUGCUCUACCGGCACCUGCCCCAAACCUCGCUAAACCCACGCUCAGAAUCCGAAAACCGCCUUCGUGACGUCCUCCUCACCGCGGCCCUCACAACGCUAGAAAUCGGCGCAACACUCGACACCCUCCCCUCGCUCAGCCCCUGGUCCUGGUAUUCAACAACUUACCAGCAAUACCACGCCGUGCUGCUCCUCCUCACGGAGCUAUACCGCACACCCGACCUCCCCCGCCGCGAGCGCAUCACCACCAUCAUCGACCACAUCUUCGGGCACUGUUACGGCGUCGAUAUUACGCAGCGCUGCUCCGAUCUACUCUUCACGGUCAAGGAGAACCUCGAAGCGUUCUACGUCAUGAAAGGUUUCAAUCGAAAGCGACUCCAUCUCGCGCCCCAGCAACACCCCACGCUGCAGCCCUUACCAAGCUUCUCGUCGCCUGGAUACGGACAGCGGCCACACAGCCAGCUCAGCCGCGCGAGUACAGGCGUGGGGCUAGAUAGUCUGAACCAGGAGUUUGACAGCUUGUUGGGCGGUUUGAACGGCGGUGGCGGGAGCACAACGGAGGACUUUGACAUAUUUUCCGGCAUGGGGGGCGGCGGGUGGGAAGGCAAGUCUUCUGUUGGCGGCGUUGUGCACGCCCAAACGCACGACUCGGGCGCGAUAUUUGUGCCCGUUGAUACUGGGGUGCAAGAUUUCGGCACUACGAGCCCGAAUGGCGGGUUGCAGCAAUGGGAAAACUGGAACUUUCAAGCGCCACAAAAGUACGAGAAUUGAGUGAGCUAUUUCUCAUGGUUUAGUGUGGCCUGGUCUGGCCUGGCCUUUGUGCCAAUGUGCUACGGGAAUGUUUCAUGUUUCCUUCUGGGUGUGGGAAUGUACGAGUAGCCGGGGCAUCAUUUUGGGGAUUGGAUUGGAAAGACAGGUCAAGAGGGUCAUGAAUGUUUCCGAUAGAG